UCCAUACCAUUAGUCCUAGUGACUAAAGGAAUAGGUAAAAUGAAGUGAAGCAUGAAUGUUAUGAGAGAGCAGCAUCAGCAGCGGCCGCUCAUCAUCCCAGCAGCAGCAUCCUGCAUCCUGGCUUUCUGCAACAUCAGUACACACCAGGCGAGCACAGAUCAGCCCAUCGAAUCGGCAUUUGCGUUGGAAUAUAAAAGAAGAAUUGAGCUUUCUCCUUCUCUUCUGUGCCAUUAACCCAGAACCGAUCCCGUCUCAUGCUCCUGUCACGCCGACCCGAGUCGGAGCGACUCGGCCGAUACUGAAGCUGUCCCAGCCGGACAGCAGAAGCUCCCCAGACGCUUGUCAUUACCCAAUCAGAGCAGUUCUCAAUGUCGAGGUCAUCCCAGAUGCCGCUGUCCAACAUCACAGUGCCAAAGCCCUCCAUCUCCAGGGUGCCGAGUAGCAUGGAGGGCAUCAACCACGAGCUGGAAAAGGUUUUCAUUAAAGACAAUGGAGAAAAGGAGGAGCUCAAGUCUCUAGAGGUGCCUGAUGGCCGGCGAGCCCCCUUCCCUCCCCAGCAGCGCAGCGGCAGCUCUCGCAGCGUGGACACCCAGACUCCGUCAGCCCCUGGCCGGUCCAGCAGCUGUUCCAGCCUGUCCCCAUGUCCCUCGCCAGCCUGCCCACGAGGAUCACACGAUGGCAGUCCUUACUCUACAGAGGAGAUGCUGUAUGAUCAGGACAAAGACAGUGGAAGCAGUUCACCACUGCCAAAGUUUGCCUCCUCACCCAAACCUAACAACAGCUACAUGUUCAAGCGAGAACCACCAGAAGGCUGUGAGAAGAUUAAAGCUUUUGAGGAGAUGAGCUCCAGACAGUCUGCAUUGGUGUCAGCCCCACUGUUUUCCUGCCCCGACAAAAACAAAGUGAAUUUCAUCCCAACAGGCUCUGCAUUCUGCCCAGUCAAACUCUCUGGCUCCCUUUACCUCACACCGGCUUCAGAGCCGGAGGAGGAUGAGGACAAUGGGGAGGCAGUUUCUGCCCCAGAGCCUCAUCAAGGUGUCCCCAGCCAGGUCUCCACAAGCACCAGCACAGAUGAACCCCCAGACGAGCCUAGCUCACCUACGGAGCCCCCGUCAGAUAGCCUAGAUAUCAGCUAGUUCUGAACAGAGCUGGCCUGUGUCUUCACAAUUUAAGCAAGUGACCACCAACCACUCCAAUUACCUGUCCUGCCAACACCUCCCCCUGCCCUCACAGCAGAACCUCCAUCUCUCUAUGUUGAUCCUCUCCACCCACCUACUACUUCUGCAUGACAUAGCAACAGUUCCUCAAUGUGUACCACUGCGAAGACUUAUCAUUUCAAUAUUGUAUCCUGAUUAUCUUAAUGGUCAAAGACCUCUUGUUAAAUGCAGAAAGGGAUUGAAAAAUGGGGCACGAUGGAAUGGGUGGCAGUGUGGUGGCAUGCAUCUUAAACAGAUCAUAUAUUUCUGUUUAAUUUUGUGUUGUUUUGUUUCCACAACAUUCACAGUAUGAAUAAGCUCUACACAUACAUAUUUACAUAGAUGAAUAGAGGGUAUGCAUUGAUGUCACUUCUCCAUUGGACCACGACCCCUUACUGGUACUGAGUGGCAAAAAUGGCUGCAACUAGUGGAGAAGACGGGAUAACAGCCGAUUAUCGGCUUAAAUUAAAGGCAGUUGGACUUGACAGUGACCUGUACAGUUACCAGAAGAACCAGUGGUCCAUGGACAUUAAUAUUUGGCCAUGAAUCGAGUUUCCUGAUAUUUAUAUGUACUUCAUUUCUACGCCGGGGAAAUACACGAAGCAAAGCUUGAAGGCUUACAAAAGUCUUGACACUUGGUCCGACUUCAAGGCAGGAUUUGUUGUAGAAAUUAAAGUGAUGAGGACACCGAACUUUAUGAUUUGACCGUUUAACGUUAGCUACCCAAAAAUCCAACAUUACCUGAUACAAAAUGGGAACCGCAAAUCCACGUUUCGGUGUCUGGAAUCCAGUUGUUUCUGCGAAUUGCAGCGAUCCAUUUGUCUCUCUUAAGCUUAUUUUUCGUCAGUCUGUAAAACGAUAACUCCGAUUUCUUGCUAAAUCUAUGAGUACAGUUGAUCGCACAACAGCUCUUUCACAUUUUAGAUGUUUUCCAGUUGCUCAAACUGAAAGUUUACGCUGCCACUCAGUCUUUCUGCCACUCAGUGGGCGUAACCCGCGGUGAAGUCGCAUCUGUGACGUCAUGCGCAUUGCCUCUAUACAGAGACAUAUGCAUACAUGCAUACAUGCAUACAUGCAUACAUACACAUAUAUAUAUUAGUCUCAAGCUGUGUUACGUGAACAGGAAAAGCAGCUGCACUAUUCAGGAUUAUGUGUACCCUGCAUUAAGGUUACAUGUGAAACCCUGUUUCUACCAAGUGUAUUGGGAAAUCAAUGUUGAUAUAGGGAUAAACAGAAAAUCACCACACUCAAUUGCACCGUGUGUGCACCUGGCCUCGCUUCAUGUAUUUCACAGUCACAGUUUUUACUCAGGUAAUUCGGAAUGUAUAUCUGUACAAACUAUCUGCAACUAGACAAAGCAGAGCUGAUUUACUCUUUAUAAUGUCUCUUUUUUUUCUUUACAAGACAAAUAACUCCGGAAUGCAGUUUGAGACAAUGGCUGCAGAGAGUAAAGGCCUAAUUAAGGUUCUGUGUUAAAUCAACGCAGAUUCUACGCCGUAGGGUACGCCGCUACGCGGGAGUCUCUCCGUAGCCUACGCCGUAGGCUGACGUGCACCUCCCAAAAAAUGUAACUACGUGUCGAGGCGACGCAGAC